AUGUCGGAACUUCCACUUGUAUCAAGUGCAGUUAUGCACGGUAUACAAACAAUAUCCUUGUCUCGUGUCAAAAUUUCACAAUGUAUUAUAGUCCAGUUGACUUUAAUCACUACAAAUCAUGUUCCAUUACACAAACCACCAGAAAUGCAUAUUAUAUUUUUUAAUAACAUGACAAUACAACCUAGCUUCAGAUUAACUGAAGAGGGUGGAUAUCAUGAAUGUGUUGGGGAUGCAAGAUGGUCAGGUGGACAACGUAAAGACAUGUUUUCGCUAUCAGUGCCAUCCCAUCUGCAGCCAAGAGAAUCAGAAAUAUCUGUGGAAACACACUUACACAAAGUAAUAUCACAUAUCACUCUAGACAAUCUUGAUAGAUUUGAAUCAUACAUUUUCUUUACGUCAUCAUUCCGAGCACCUAAAAUUGGAUUUAUAUCAAGGACUCUACAUCAAUCACAGUUGGAUACAACUCAUCAAUCAAAUCAUAACUAUACAAUCAAAUAUUCAGUGAUCUUAAUUAUAAUCGAUAUUAUUAAGUUUGCCUGA